AUGAACCUUACAGAAGUUUACAUCACAUAUCUCGUCACUAUUGCUGCUAUCGGAUUUUGUCUGGUGAAAUAUUUGUUUGGCAUACACGCGCUACAUAAUCAGCCUAAAGUCAAACGAGGCCUAAAGAUUCCCCCUUUGGUGCCGUCCCUGAUCCCGCUAUUAGGAAUGCUCCCAUUCAAGAUUAUGUGGAGCCCUCGAGACUUUGUUCUCUCAGCAAAAAAUCUCUUGUGGAAUUCCCAACCCGUUCGCGCACGGAUCUUCACGCAAACCUUCUACAUCUUCCAAGGCGCGGAAACUAUCAGAUCUAUCGUCAACAAACGCAGCCUUUCUUUGUUUCCCAUACAUGUUAUCCUCCUUCGCCGCGUGUUUGGCCUUCCAGCAAGCGCGUCAUGGAUCUAUGCCCAGGAUAACUCCGGCGGGUUACCCAAACCGUAUCCAGAAAGCAAUGUUAAGCCGCAGAACCGGAUUGAAUAUGCGGUUCGACGUACUAACCAUCGCUUACUGGUUGGGUCAGGCUUCGCACCUUUAGUCAAGAGGUUUCAAACUGUCCUGACAGAUCGCUUGCAGUCCCUUUCUAUCGGUGGUCAUUGGGUCAAAUGGGACGAUUUUGCUGAGUUGAUUAAUCACGAGUUCACUGCCUCAUUCCUGGACUCGCUGUGCGAGAUGUACUUGAUGCAAGAGCACCCAGACUUUGUCAUCAAUUUAUUUACCCUUCACGACAACAUUUGGAAGAUGUUCAUUGGAAUGCCGCGGUUCCUGGCACCACAGGUUUAUGCCGCACGGGACGCAGCGCUUGCCGCCCUGAAGGACUGGAAUACAUGGGCACGAGAACGUUCUGAUGCCGCAGCAGGCACAUCAGAGGGCGAUGACCCAUUUUGGGCCUCUCAGUACUGGCGCGACCGCAUCGAUGCUUUUCAGCAGAUUAAUGGGUUUGAUGCGAAUAUUAUUGCCAUUCAUGAUCUGGCGGUGAUCUGGGGAAUGAGCAUCAAUGGAGUCAACACCUCCUUAUGGGCCUGUCUGGAAGCAUUCAAAGACCAAGAACUACUUGAACGCGUUCGGGCCGAGGCUCGCGCCUGUUUGAUUUCGAAUUCAGACCUUAAAUUCGACAUCGAUCGUCUCCUACGCCAACCAGUCUUGCAGGCCAUCUAUGCCGAGACUCUUCGUCUGCGGAUCAAUGGCUUUUUUGUCUGGUACCAGUCCCGUGGCAAUCUGGACGUAGAUGGAUGGCUCAUUCCCAACAAGAAUUGGAUUCUCACCACUCCCAUGGUGGGCCAUAUGGAUCCCGGUAUCUGGUGCACGGGUCCGGAUGCCGAUCAUCCUGUGCAGGAGUUCUGGGUGGGUAGGUGGUUGAAGUAUACAGAUGAUGGCUAUACACUAGUAUUCUCGACCGAGAUGGCUAAGGGCGCGUGGAUGCCCUAUGGGGGUGGUUUUCAUAUUUGUCCCGGGAGGUACUUUGCCAAAACAAUGAUUAUUCUUGGGGUGGCGUUAAUGACGACGAUGUAUGAUUGUGAAGUGUUGGCUGGCGAGACGAAUAUGCGGAUGAGCAUGCGUACUUUUGGGUUCGGGACUGCUGGCCCGGUUGGAAAGGUGCCGGUUCGCAUUCGAAGGAGGUAA